AUGAUUCUCAGCUUUUUCAUUGCCUUUGUUGCAGCUGCUUUACACUGGACUCAAGAGACAAUUAGGCCUGUUUUUACCGCUGUUCUUCUAAUUUCUCAUUACGUGUUAGAUUUACAGCUUUCCAGUUUUAGUAGGGAAGAUGAUGGUGAAGGAAGUUCAGGCUUGAAUGCUAGUGAGACUGAUGCCUUCCUAAAAUUGUUGGAAGAUGCAAAAAGGGAACUUUAUCCUGGAAACACCUUUUUCUCAAAGCUGUCUUUUGUAGUCACUCUUCUACAUCUCAAAAUGAUGAACGGGUGGACUAUAAACUCGUUUAACUCCUUGCUAGAGGUCUUUAAGAAGGCACUUCCUCCCGAAGCUGCAGUUCCCAAGUCUUUCUCUGAUGCUAAAAGAAUUAUUCGAGACUUGGGGUUCAUAUCUGAAAAAAUACAUGCUUGUGUCAAUGAUUGUGUACUCUUCCGCAAGGAAUAUGAAAAUUUUGACACUUGUCCAAAUCCAAAUUGCAAAGAGGCCCGCUACAAGUCAAAGGGUUCAAAAAUUCUACGAAAAAUUCUUCGCUAUUUUCCCUUGAAACCCAGGGUUCAACGCUUAUAUGCACACAAGGAAACAGCUUUAGAUAUGCGGUGGCAUAAAGAAAAGCGUGUAGAUGAUGGUAACACCAUGAGGCAUCCGGCGGACAGCGAAGCAUGGAAACAUUUUGAUAAAUUAUAUCCAGAUUUUGCUCAUGAUCCAAGAAAUGUCAGGUUUGGCCUUGCGACUGAUGGUUUCAAUCCUUUUGGAACCAUGACAUCAACUUAUAGCAUUUGGCCCGUUUUUGUUGUUCCAUAUAAUCUGCCUCCCUGGAAAUGUAUGAAAGACCUAUUCUUUUUCAUGUCAAUGUUGAUUCCUGGUCCUAAAUCCCAGGGAUAUGAGAUUUGUGUCUACAUGGCACCUCUAAUAGAUGAGUUGAAUGAAUUUUGGGAUGGUCUAGAAACUUAUGAUGCACAUACUGGUCAAAAAUUUACCCUUCGUGCUGCUUUGCUUUGGACUAUAAAUGACUUCCCCGCCUAUGCUAUGAAAAAAUUAUGCUACACAGGCCAUCGUCGCUUAUUACCUAUUGAUCAUCAUUGGUGUAGAGAAAGAAAGCCAUUUGAUGGUAAAGUAGAUUUUAGGAAUCCUGUUAUUCCCUUAUCUGGAAAAGAAGUUCUGGAACAAGUAGAAAGAGUUGAGAUACAGUUUGGGAAAACUCUUCAGCAAAUCAAGGCAAGGAAGCGCAAACGUGAUGCCAGUAGGCUUAAUUGGACAAAGAAAAGUUGCUUUUUUGAGUUACCUUAUUGGUCAAACCUAAAAUUGCGGCAUAAUUUAGAUGUCAUGCAUAUAAUGAAAAAUGUAUCGGAGAGUGUCUUUGCUACUAUUAUGGAUAUUGAUGGCAAGACUAAAGACAGCUGGCAGUGUCGCAAUGAUUUGAAGGAGUUAGGUAUCAAUAAAGAAUUGCAUUUGAUUCAGAAUGGUGAUGUUUAA